AAAUGUUUAAAAGUAAUUAUAAACAGUGGAUUGGGAAUGAGAUAAGCCUUAUCUCUCUGUUGACAACGAAUUCAUUUUGAACCCUGAACCGAUAAAACUAAUUGACACUGUAAGAACUGAGCGAGCGAUAAUGGCGAAGAAGGGAAAGAAGCAACUGAUGUCAUCGGCGCCAUGGAGAGGCGAAGACGAGUCCGAACAAUUCCCCGACGCUAACCUCAAAGUCACCCGUCAACAGGAUGAUACUUCGACUAUGCAUGUUCCUCGCUCCAAAUCCAGCAAUCAUAACCAUGAUGAUGAUUCCAUUGAAAUUGAUCCAGAACUUCGCUACAGUUUCCAACGCAAUUUUCAGUUUAUUCAGCGAGUUUUUAGCAUUGACACUGUGGUGAAACCUCUCCCUCCCGUCAUGGCUUACAAUGUCUCUCGCAACUUGAACUUCUUCACGCGCAUUUUCACUCAAUUCUUUGAUCCUGAAGGCAUUGCAGCUGCCCAGAAAUCCAUGGGCAUGGGACAGGAAAACAGAGAUCGCAGAGUUCGUUGAAGAUAAUCGUGUAUGACAUAAUAAAAUCAAUAAAAGUAAUAUGUAAGAACUUUGAAGAUGAUAUUGGAUAAUCACUUAUGAGUAAAAAUUUUCCUGAA